UAUAAUUUUCACUUAAACGAAAUAAGAAAUAUUUUAAAAAUUAAAUAAUGCGUUAAAAACCGUGCACGACGACAAUGUAGCAAAGAAAAAACAGCAGAGGUGGUAUAUACUACUAACACUAUUUAGCAUUUAGACCUCUCUAUCUGUCUCUUUUCUGUUGUUUGUCAAUAUGUGCAUAUAUAUAUAGAUGCUAAGCUAAUUUAUGAACCAGCAAGCUAGCCAGAAUAUAGACUCAACCCAAAUUAUACUAUAGUAGUACUAUAUAAGAUCAAAAUGUCAGCUUCAUGGUACCAGCAAUCAUCUCCAUGUUUAUGCUUAAGAGAUGAUGAACAACAUCCUUAUCUUCAUCCUGCAGAUAACUUCUAUGAGUCAUCAUGUACUAACAAUAACUCGAAUGCCAUGUCUCACAACAUAAAUUCCGAUUUCUCAUGGAUUCGAGAUAAUUUCACUACGUUUGAGGAUUUUUCUCAUUUUUAUGAUAAUCAUCAAGCUGUACCUUAUGUGCUUACUGCUGUUUCUGGUAACAACAAGAAUUCUGUCCAUUUUCAGGAAACAAGCCAGGAUAAGAAAAUUAGUAGACAAAGAAAUCGGAGAAAUGACAUGAAGGAAGACAAUGUAUGUCGAACUCGAAGUAGUGGCAAGAAAGGUAAGGAAAGAACGAAUUAUGACGAACAGGAUGCAACUGUUAAUGAAGAUGGAUUUGUGUACGUCAGGGCAAGAAGAGGUGAAGCUGUAGACAGUCAUAGUCUUGCUGAAAGGGUAAGAAGACAGAAAAUCAGUAGCAAGAUGAAGCUCUUGCAAUCGCUUGUUCCUGGUUGUGACAAGACAACGGGAAAGGUCCCAAUACUAGACACAAUAAUAAACUAUAUCCACUCUUUACAAGAUCAGGUGAAGUCUCUAAUGGAAGAGCUUGCUUUAGUUGAUCCCACAUUUGAUGUCAAUUAUCUUGCACUAGAAUCAAGCAUGAUGCAAACACAGGAAUCAUAUGCUACUACUGCUGGUUCAGAAUGCACAAGGAGAACUAGUCCAUAUCGAUCAAUUCCUUUGCAUGAAAGUAGUGCACUUCCUUCACCUUGGCUUGCUCUACUAGAAGAGAGGGAAUAUACAAUUUGAUAAUGUUUGUAAAUUUAUCAUGAACAUAUCAUCUAUUAAAGUACUAAUCAACCGCCUCAUUCACUAAUUUACUUUGUAAUGAGGGCAGAGUUGGUGCAUCUUUGUAAUUCUCAAAUAAAUGAUCUACUUUCAUGAAUAAAUUUUGCAUUUAUGCAAUUUAUAUCUAGCUACACUCUCUUGUGUAAGAGCAUCUUUUUCAAAUGUUAACGAU